GAUGCUCCUGGGUUCUGGGAUGGACAUUGGUGACCCAGUAUGGCACGAUGCCAUGUAUUACUGGUGACAGAGCUGGCCAGCCAAUGAUGGGGUGAGGAGUUUGCCUGGUCCUGUCUCUAAUUACUACCCAGGCUUAAACAGCCAUAAUGUAGCCAUGUGUGAGAGCACACAACAGGUUGAUAUUUUGAGCUUUGCAGAGUUGAUCUGCAUUUGGUUGUCUUUGUCAACAAACAUACACACGGAGGAGGUUUAGUGCUGUAUUACUGGCUGUGCGUUUCUUGUACGUGUUAAUCAUUUAUAUUUACAACUACGAGACGAUAAUCACUAGGAGGAACAAGAGCCAAAGGUCUCAUCUAGACAUCAGUAAAGGAGAAGCUCCUCUGUGAAUGUCAUCCGACAUGGAGGGGAUCACAGGAAGUAUGUUGUUGUGCCUGUUGUGCCUUAUCAGCUUAACUAAUGCAAAUACCAGUCCUGCAAUCCUCACUGUUGUUUAUCAUGUGUGUGAAGACACACCAGUAGAUGCUUUCGCGUUUACUAUAAACGCAACAGACGCAGAAAAUGACCCAUUGACUUUUACACUCAUUGGGCCCAAUGCCGGAUACUUCACAGUUAACACAACCACUGGGAGAGUAUCAGUCAUUAGGCAACUAGAUAGAGAGUUUCGUGAUGUAAUGCAGCUUGGAGUUGUUGUCUCUGAUGGUCCCAAUGAAAUAAAAAGAGAUUUAAGUAUAAUAUUAAAUGAUGCCAACGACAACAAGCCCAUAUUUCAUGAGUCUUCAUAUGAUGUUGAUAUCCCAGAAAAUACCACCGUAGGUACGUCUCUGUUUAGGGUGCAGGCCACCGAUGGAGACACUUCAAGUGCCGGUGUUGUUCAGUACAACAUUGAUGAAGUUACUCCAAAUGAUGGAUUCCAUCUGUUUAGCAUUAUAACAACAACUGGUGAAGUCAGAUUAAAUGGAUCUCUGAAUUAUACUGCAUUGAGCACGUUCUAUCGGCUGAAGAUUAACGCAACUGAUGGUGGAGGCCGAUGUUAUUAUAAUGAAACCAAGUUUUCCUCAAGCGUUGUUUUUUCCUUCAUUACGGUUAUCGACGUCCCAGACCUCGACCCACAGUUCAAUGGUCUUCCCUACUUAGGGAGAGUUAAAGAGAAUUCUGCUUUGGGCACAACUGUGUUUAAAGUGACCGCCAUAGACCAGGACGCAGGAGUCAAUGAUAAUAUCAUCUAUAGCAUUGAAAAUUCCACAGCAGAUAGCCGGUUUCAAAUCUCAAGUGAUGAUGGUGUCAUAUCUGUACAGUCAGAAAUUGACAGAGAAGAUAUUGGUGACACUGUUACCCUGACUGUAAAGGCCACUGAGUCCAAACAAAACAUCCACGGGUUCUACGCUAGCACCACAGCAGAUGUACAGAUCAACAUCAUCGACAUCAAUGACAACAAGCCGGAGUUUUACAAGUGUGGAGGCUCAGGAGACGAGCUCUCCUGUGUGAAGGCGAGUCACUUCACAGGGGAGGUCUUUGAGCACUCGCUGGGGUCUGUAUCCAUCAACAUGACGGUCAAAGAUCUGGAUAAGAUUUCCACUACUGUACUAAUUCUGAGGGGAGAUGACAAGGACGUGUUUUCUGUGGAACCUCCAUCUACCAUGUCGGACAGCAUCGUUCAGCUUCUGGUCAAGCAGCCCCAAAAACUGGAUUUUGAAGAAAAACAGCAAAUGGUUCUUGAAGUGAUUGCCACAGAUCAAGAAGAACCCAGCUUCCAGUCCACUGCUACAGUUACAAUUAAGAUCAAGGACACCAAUGACAACAGCCCCAAGUUCCCACAGGACACGUAUAAGUUGAAUGUGGCUGAGCACUCUCCUGUUGGGACAAUAGUGGCGAACAUUACUGCGAAGGAUCCUGACACGAUGGAUCAAGGCAACAUCACCUACAGUCUUCUUCCAGAGAGCAUACUACUGUAUUUCGACGUUGAGCCACAUACGGGCACAAUUUACGUUAAAAACGAAACUCUGUUGGAUCGCGAGAUCAGAUCUCUGUAUUCAGCGACUCUGCAGGCCAGAGACACAGACGGCAAACCCGGCACCACAGUGCUGGAGAUCACUUUGACCGACAUCAACGACCAGCAUCCAGUCAUGAACAGAGACACCUACCUGGAAUUUGUUGAAGAGGGUGGACAGCUUGAACUUAAGAUAGAGGCUACUGAUGCAGAUGACUCCGAUACGGUAAACAGCCAAAUAGUGUUUGGAAUCGUACCAAGCAGGUACAGUGAUAACUUCACCAUCGACCCUAACACCGGUGUGUUAAGAAACAAAGGUGAGCUUGAUCGUGAGGCCCUGGACCCGAAGCUGAACGGGAGGAUCGAGCUCAAUGUAACGGCAACUGACAAGGGUACUCCCUCAUUGUCCACCAUGGUUACAGUCAUCAUCAAUAUAGAAGAUGUCAAUGACAACACACCACAAUUUAAUGCCUCCUCUUACGAAUUCUCUGUUAAAGAAGGAGAAAAAGGUGCAAUCGUGGGUUCUGUUUACGCUGAGGAUUUGGACCAAACGAAAGACUAUAACCGCAUUUCUUUCAGCAUCAUUGAUGGAAGCUUUGGCAGCUUCAUCAUUCGCACCUUUGCAGAGAAGCAGGGUUACAGGGGAAACAUCACCGUGGACCCCGACAUUGAGCUGGACUACGAGAGCGCUCGCAAGCAAUUCAGACUGCGGGUAGAGGCAACAGAUCUGGAACAGAAGAAAGCUGUAGUGAUGGUGGAGGUGAACGUGUUGGACGUGAACGAUGAGAGGCCCGAGUUCAAGCCGACAGCGCCCGUGACGGUGAAGGAGAACACCACCAUCAGCGGGGCUGUCGGUAGUUUUACAGGGCAGGACAAAGAUGGAAACCACUCACUGGUCUACGAGCUGGAAUCCAUCAAAUGCAGAUGCAAUGGUUCUCUGACACCCUGCAGUAACUUUAUCCUGGAUCCGACGGGGGAAGUCAGAGUCAACCCGGAGAACACAGUGGAUUACGAACAAUGUGACCAGGUGGUGAUAGAGGCUCAGGUGGUGGACGAGUACACAGAGAAAGGAGAGAACAACAGUGUCACAACAGGACAAAUGGUGAUCAACAUUGAAGACAUCAACGACAACGCUCCAGAAUUCAUUUUCUCAAAUUCUGUAUUUGUUGUGGUGUCAGAAAGUGCAAGUAAGGGGACAUCCGUUGCAGCGGUCACUGCAACAGACCGUGACUCUGGAAUAAAUAGGCAGAUUGAGUUUAAAGUAACAGCAGUCCAAUUUAAAGACAUCAACAAUCGUACAAGUAGCAUGAGGAUGCUAUUCGAGGCCGUCACCACACAGCAAAAGGACAUUUACGUUGGAAUUAUUCAAACUACAGAGGGGCUUGACAUGACUCUGAAAGGGAAGUACUUGGUAACAGUAACUGCAACUGACACCGGCGACCUCUCCUCCAGCACCGUACUGAAGAUUUUCACAGUUGAUGAAUCAUACAAAGUUGAACUUGAAUUUACAUCUUCCGAAGAUGAGGUUGAAAAAAACCUCAAUGAAAUCAUUAGGGCGCUUACUGCCGCCACCAAGGCUGCUGUUGAAAUUGUUGCCAUCAGGUCCGACACUGCUCGAGCACCCAGGGCUUCAGGUAACACUAUCAUAGUGGCAUAUUUUGUCUACUCCAACGGGACUGCUCUUGCCUCUAAUGAAGUGGAAAAGAUACUCUCUGAUCCUGAACAUUAUCUUGUGCUGGGGCAGCUUGGCCUCGCGAACAUUGGGAAGGCUCCUGUGAUCGAACCAGACACAGACCCUGUGCAGUACAUCCUGCUGGGGAUAGUGGGAGGCCUCAUCAUCGUGCUGGCUGUCCUCACCACCUCCCUGAUGUGCACUCGCAGAAACUACAGGAGGAAGCUGAAGGCAGCUAAAGCCAUGAACUCGGCAUCCAUGGUGACUUCUGACAACCAGAAAAGUGGUCCUGUGGUACCUGGAACCAACAAGUACACCAUGGAGGGGGCUAAUCCUGUGCUCAACCUCAACAUCGACACAACCAUGGUCCUGGACUUGGACGAGGAGAACUCAGACGUGGACAAAGUCAGCCUCUACUCCCUGGACUCCAGUGAUUACAUCACCCUUCCUGAAAAGGAUUCACAGCCUAUCAUGCAGAUGAUCCAGGAGGAGGAGGAGGAGGACAGCAGGCUGCCAGAGUACAUUGAGCCUCUGGGUGCAGCACUGGCCCAGCGGGACCAGAAGAGUGGCUCCGACAAUCCUCGUGUGGGUUUUAGUAACCCUGUGUUCAGCACUACAGACCUGUGACAGAAAUAAUGAAGGGAGAGACACUGACCAGAGGCCUCAGAUGGACAUAUGUUGCUUGUCUGUAAUCAGACUGGCCAAAUUGCCAGUCAAACAUAUUAAUGAUUGAUGGUUGGAUGAAGUCCUUCUGUCUUCAAAUACCCAUAUGUUCUGAUCAAUAGUAAUGUAUUAUUGAUAUUGUGCACAAGAUUCAUGGCCCCUAAAGUGAGGAAUUUGCUUUGUCUAAACAUUCACUUGUAGGAAAAACAAGAAGGAAAACCAAAAUGGGAGAUGUUAACUCCCUGAAAACAGUAUCAUAGCUUGACAUUUUGGGAAAUGCUUAUUUGCUCGAAGAUCGAUCCCACUUUCAUAUGUGUACAACAAAUAUGAAAGCUUACUACAUCUUUUUGUUUGUUCCAUACGAAAACAUACAACUUUGAAUAGAGCCAGGCUUCAGAGUGCAAAGACACAAGCGUGGUUCAAACCUUCUCAUCUAACUCUCGGCAAGAAAACAUAUUUCCCAAACUGUCGAACUCUUCCUUUAAAACAUAAACCUUUUCUAGACAAUGAAAAAUUGGACAAAAGCAAUGGGAAAGCACACAAAACAAUUGCUUGUUGCACAUCUGAAUCACUUUAUUUUUGUUAAUAUAUUAAGCGACGGUUUAAAAACUGUUUGGUUUGCUUUGAAAUAAACUGUAUUAUAAGUUAUGUCAACACACAAUGCUAAUUUUUGUUGCAGCUAAUGCUACUAGAAAGAAAAUCCAAAAAGAGGAAAGAGGAAAAUAUUGUAUAAUGUGAAUGAAUGAAUGCAUGAAUGAAAUCCUUGAUUAUGACUGCACGUCAGCUAAAAGGUUUAACCUUAUGCAUGUUUAAUUUGUCAGUGUUUGCUUUGGGUUUGAGAUACUUGUUGCUGAAAUAAAACCUCAUGCAGUGUGACUUUGUGACUUCCUACAAGCAGCAGAUUGAAAAAAUGAUUUCACUGUUUACUGACAUCUAAAUGAAUGUAUCACAAGUGUAAUCUGUGAAUAAAAUCAAUUUCUCCAAAUGUG